CUAAAGGCUUCCCCCAGCCGACGGCGCGGUUGCCUGCUUGGCGCAAAAGCCCAGGGGCUGCAGCGGCCGCUGUAGCCAAGUGAGGAGGCGGCUGCGCCCCGAUCAUGGAAGGCAGCCCCGCCCCAGCACCAGCCCGGGUCGCUACCGACCUUCGCCGCCACCCGUACCGGGUCUACCAGCUCUCGCUGCUGCUCGCCGGGCGCCGUCCUAUCCUCACCUCGAAGCCAACAUGAAGGAGAACCGGGGCGACGGGAGCGCCCCUUUCUGCGCCCGUCUCAACUACUCCUACCCGGGCAUGUGGGAGCCCGAGCGCUCCGCGGAGGCGCGGGGCAACCUCACGCGUGUCCCGGAGACCGGCGAGGAUUGUCGCUCGGUGUCCGUAGUCUUUCCCAUCACCAUGCUGAUCACCGGCUUCGUGGGCAAUGCGCUGGCCAUGCUGCUGGUGUCGCGGAGCUACCGGCGCCGGGAGAGCAAGCGCAAGAAGUCGUUCCUGCUGUGCAUCGGCUGGCUAGCGCUCACCGACAUGGUUGGGCAGCUGCUCACCAGCCCCGUGGUCAUCGUCGUGUACCUGUCCAAGCAGCGUUGGGAGCACCUCGACCCGUCGGGGAGGCUGUGCACUUUCUUUGGCCUGACCAUGACUGUUUUUGGGCUCUCCUCGCUCUUCGUUGCAAGUGCCAUGGCCGUCGAGCGGGCACUGGCCAUUCGCGCCCCGCACUGGUACGCGAGCCACAUGAAGACGCGUGCCACCCGCUGUGUGCUGCUCGGCGUGUGGCUGGCAGUGCUCGCCUUCGCCCUGUUGCCGGUGCUGGGCGUGGGCCAGUACACCAUCCAGUGGCCCGGGACGUGGUGCUUCAUUAGCACCGCAGGAGGUGGCAACGGGACUAGCUCCCCGCGCAACUGGGGCAACCUUUUCUUCGCCUCCACCUUUGCCUUCCUAGGGCUCUCGGCGCUGACCAUCACCUUCGCCUGCAACCUGGCCACCAUUAAGGCCCUGGUGUCCCGCUGUCGGGCCAAGGCCACGGCAUCGCAGUCCAGCACCCAGUGGGGCCGGAUCACGACUGAGACGGCCAUCCAGCUCAUGGGGAUCAUGUGCGUGCUGUCAGUCUGCUGGUCGCCAUUGCUGAUAAUGAUGUUGAAAAUGAUCUUCAGUCAAGCAUCAGUUGAGCACUGCAAGACACAACCAGAAAAGCAGAAAGAAUGCAACUUCUUCUUAAUAGCUGUCCGCCUGGCUUCACUGAACCAGAUCUUGGAUCCCUGGGUCUAUCUGCUGCUAAGAAAGAUUCUUCUUCGGAAGUUUUGCCAGAUCAGGAACCACACAAAGAACUAUGCAUCCAGCUCCACCUCCUUACCCCACCAGUGCUCCUCAACCUUGAUGUGGAGUGACCAUUUGGAAAGACACUGAAAGAAUGGAGAUGGACUUUUCUUACAAUUCCUGCCUCCCUGAAUUUGAGUAUUUCUUCCCACCUGAGAAGAAGAAUUUUAUAUUUUGAUUUGGAUUCAUUUUUCAUUUUUAUCUUUUUUAUUUUAAUUAUUUUUAGAUAAUACUCACUGAAAAUAAGUGUAUUAUUGUAACCUAUGCCUACUAGUGUUGACUUCUUUUUUUAAAUUCUUUUAUUUUGUUCAAUGACCGCUGUCCCCAUUUUUGCCCCAUUGCUCUCCC